AGCUGAGAGCUGAAGCCCAGAUCUUCCUCCUCCCCUGUUUACCUGAACAAUCCCCAACUCUGUCUGCACGCGUUCAUUCGGGAAGCCGCCCGACGACGCACCGCACUCGGCCCCUCUCCGCCAUCUCCUCUCCUCCCGCCCCCGCCGGAGCAGCGUCGCUCGAGCGCCCCUCCACCUCCUCACCCUCAGGCCUCACCCCAGCGGCGAGAAGAACAAGGGGCGGUAGUCUCCACUGACAUCGCCCGCCAUGCUGCGCCGGUGCGUGCGGGAUCUGCACUCGCUGCGGUCUCUCACGAGGGUCCCCAGACCGAUCUCCGGCGAGAGCCCAGCAUUCCUUAGAUCCAGAAGCAAGUCGACAAAGGCAUCUCAGAAGAGUUCAACACAGAACACUGUCCCUGGCCCUCAAAAAGAACCUUCUCAGUCAGGAAGCAAUGUUCCAAAGUUUGUGCUUGGAACUCUGGUGGUUGGUGCUGCAGCCAUGGGUGCUUAUCAAGCUGGCUAUAUAGAUCUUCAAUUUAAGGAUAUAAAAUUGCCUUCUAGCAUUAAAGAGCAAGAUGUCGUGAAGAGGUAUGAAGAUCUGAAGGUUCCUUCUGAACAAAAGGUUGACCAGACGCAAAUCAUGUCAGAACCAAACAUUGAGAUUGUUCAAGAUACUGAAAAUGAGGCUCAUAUUCCAAAGAACCUUCCAAGUGAAGGGGUGGGUGCACCAAUGAUUCCAACUGAUGGGGAGCAUCCUAUUCCUGCAGAAGAAAAGGAAACAGGAACCCUAAAGCAUCGAUCUGAUACUAAACUACCAUCUCAAGAGGCUCCUGCUGUUGAGGUAAACCCAGUUGUUGUUGAUGAUAAGGUAGCAGGCGAAGUUCCUCAUGAGCAACAAAGUGAAAAGAUAGACAGCACCAUUUCACCAGUACAGUCGAGCCCAACAACUGUUAGUCCUUACCAUGAUUUCCUCGCAGGUGCAGACAAACCAAAGGAUCCCUCAGGGGCUGAUGCAGUUGAACAGAAAUCUCUUGCUGAGACGUAUUUACUACAAGAUGAACCUGGUGUUUCUAAAGACACAACUGCUGAGGAAACUAGAAGUGAUGAAGUUUGUGAAAAAACUUCUGACGACGGAAAAAUUGUACUUGAUAUCAUAGAGGCUAUCCAUGCUGCUGAAAAAAGGCAGGCAGAUGCAGAUGCUCACAUGUAUGCAGAAGAGAAAAGGAAGUUGAAGGAGAAAUAUGAAAAGGAGCUGAAGGACACUAGGGCCCGGGAACUUAUGUACGCAGAAGAGGCAGCAAUUCUGGAUAAGGAGUUGAAGAAAGAAAAAUUGAAGUAUGCUGCUUCGAUAAAGGAACUUCAAGAAAAAACCGAACAAAAAUUGCGAGAUGAGCUGCAGAGGAAGGAAGAGGAAACAAGCCAACAAAUCGAGAAGGUUCAAGAGUUAGCAAAAGCUGAACUGGCUGCGGCUGUUGCAAAAGAGAAAGCAUCCCAGAUUGAACAGAUUGCUGAAGCAAAUCUCAACAUAGAUGCGUUGUGUAUGGCAUUCUAUGCACGAUCUGAAGAGGCUAGGCAGAGUCAUUCUGUUCAUAAGCUUGCUCUGGGUACUCUUGCUUUGGAACAAGCUUUGUCCAGUGGAUCACCAAUCCGGUCAGAGGUGGACCUAUUGCGUAAAUCUAUUGAAGGCAUUGACAAAGAUUCACUGUUAGAACUGGCUCUUUCGUCGCUUCCGGAAGAUGUUUUAGAUUAUGGAUCAGACACCCGAGUGGAGUUGAAACAAAAGUUUAAUUCCUUGAAGGAAACUAUCAGACAUUUCAGCCUUAUACCAGCUGGUGGUGGUGGAAUCCUGACUCAUGCUGUUGCUCGUGUUGCUUCUUCCAUCAAGAUUAAAGAGGAUAAAUCUGGAGAUGGUAUCGAGUCUCUUAUAAAUAGGGUGGAAAGCUUGAUUGUGGAUGGAGACUUGAGUACAGCAGCCGAGGCCCUGGAAGGAGGGUUACAUGGAAGCGAAGCAGAGGAAAUAGCUACCGAGUGGGUGAAACAGGCAAGAAAACUCGCAAUCGCAGAGCAGACGCUUGCUCUCCUUCAUGCUUGUGCUUCUUCGACCACAUUCUCGUGAUUUUGACCGUCAUCUUUUCUUCCUUUACUCAACGGCAUUUGCUGAUUUGCUGGUUUCAGUACACUGCAAACGUAUGUUCCCAGACCAUGUUGCAAAUACAUGGAUGAUGAAUACGAAAAUUAGAUGCUAUAGAGCCACUCCGUUUCAAGUGGGACCCUAAUUUCCCCCUGUAAACAGAGCUAAUAAGUUUUGUUCUGUAGCUACUGGCUGUUCCCAUAUUUUAGUGGCUAGUUAAAGCAUACUUUUGGAUCGAA